AGGUAGCUAAUCAUACAAAGGAUUCAUAGAUUUACCGACGUAAUACAAUAGCAUUGUUGAUUACAGAAACAAGAUCGCACUGCACAACGUCCGUUUGACAAUUUUCUGACUUUUCUUUUUAGUAUUCUUUGGUUUAUACCUAAGAUUUCAGGGUGGCAAUCUUGUUGGCGAAUAGUGCAGUCGGUGACCACGAGAGUAUCUUAUCUUUACGAUACUGUACAUGGAUUUACAAUAAUACGUAAAAAUGUAAUAAGUUUAAAAAUGGUUGAUAAUAACUCACCUCCAACCAAUCUUUGGGAUACACUAUUCAGCGCAACUACAUUUGACAGAGGUAACAAUGCAAAUCCAACACUAUGUUUGGACAAUGAAAGUAAUCUGAACAAUAGGCAAAUUGUGAGCAUAGUUAGAACUUCUACUAGUCUUUUAAUUGAAUCGCUUAUACAGCAAUUGUGUAUACUAUUUGAAGAUGAUUCAGUACGCAGAAAUAAAUUGUAUUUUGCUAUUUGUGAACAACUUCACAAAUUGAAACUAAUUGAUGAUUCCUACAAUAUGAUGGAAUUCGAACCAUUAAGAAAUCAAUAUCAACAAGCACUAUAUCACUUGUUUACAGUUACACGUGCAGCAGUCGGUUGUGAAAGUUCACUUCAGAUUUCAAGUUUAUGUAGACCAUCGAUGACAGAAUGGUCCCGGUAUCAUAGAGAGUUCCAAGAAAUAAGUUUUAUUGCUGCUGGAGGAUUUGGUUAUGUUUUUAAAGCUUUACAUCGUCUUGAUGGUAUUGAAUAUGCCAUUAAGAAGAUAACAGUUCGUUCUGAUCGAGUUAAAAAUAUAAUGCAGCAUCUUGAAGAAGUGAAAACUCUUGCCAAAUUAAAUCAUACCAAUAUAGUUUCAUAUAAAGGUGCAUGGAUUGAACCAAUGUUGCCUUCAAGACAACAUUUAGUAUCCCUAAGUCAUUUGCAAAGCAAAUUAGGUUCUAUUGAACAUAACAAAACAAAUGAAUAUAGAUCAUGGAUAAAUCAGACUUCCAGUUCACAAAGUCAACAAAGUUUGGAUACUGGGAGUAGUGAAAGUCCAAAAGAAAAUGACAAACAGGACAUGUUGUCGCAACAUAGUAAAUGGACAAAUUAUAAGUCUGAAGAAAAUGUUAAGAAGGAUGAGGAGAGAACUAAUUCAAACAGUAUAUCUUUUAGAAACGAUAGCGAACAUCAAAAUAAUAAAACAGAAAAUAAUACAAAUUAUACUGAUGGCAGUAAUUCAUAUGAAGAAUCCAGUAAAAAUAUGAUGCUUUUACCAUAUAUACCUCAAACGAAUAAAUAUACAACAUUGUAUAUUCAAAUGGCUCUUUGUGAAAAAACACUUCAACAGUGGCUUGACGAAAGGAUAGAGGUAACGCCACAAGCAAUGCUUGUUGCAAUAUUAACACAAACUCUUCAUGGUUUAGACUACAUACAUUCUCGUGGAAUUGUGCAUCAUGACAUAAAGCCAAGCAAUAUAUUUAUUUCAACGUCAGGACAGCUACAAAUACAGUUAGGAGAUUUUGGAUUGGCUUGUCCGUUACGAAGUGAAAAUCACCAUUCCAUAAUAGGAACACAAAUGUAUGCAGCGCCAGAGCAACUACAAGGAAAAUGUGAUCCUAAAAGUGACAUAUAUAGUUUAGGAAUAGUACUUCUAGAGCUGAUAGUGCAUACAAGAACUCAGAUGGAAAGAAUUGAAAUAAUUAAUAGUUUGAAAAUGGGACAUAUACCAACAACAUUAGCUGCUACUCAUCUUAAGUGGGCGCAUAUAGUAAGUCAAUUAAUUCAAGAAGAGCCCGAGAAUCGGCCAUCAACGAAUCAAUUGUUACAAGACUUAAACGAAGAUAAAGAUAUGAUGAUAGAGCGUUUAAAGGUUGACAUCGCUAAAAAAGACGAUGUAAUACAAAAAUUACAGGAAAGGAUAUUAAUAUUAGAAGAACAAAUGGUUAAACAUAAUAUAUCGUUACAAGAUAUAUAAACCUUUGUAUUAUUAGACUGAAA